AUGUCUCGGAAGCCGAAAGAGGAGUAUUACCGUUUUUUCACCGUGACCGAACCGCGGACGCACGAGAAAGGACACACGGAGUACAAAGUGACUGCACGGGCUCCACCCGAGGAGGUGAAAGAGGUGCAGGUGAGGAGGUUCUCUGAGCUGAAGAAGCUUCAUGGUGACCUGUCCUACACUCACAGGAACCUGUUCAGGAGGGACGAGUUCCCCCCCUUCCCCCCCGCUCAGCUGUUUGGCAGGUUUGAGGAGGCGGUGGUUGAGGAGAGGAGGAAGGCAGCGGAGGACAUGUUGCUGUUCUGCACCAAUCCUGCUCUGUACAACAGCCCCCAGCUCAAAGACUUCUUCAGGGGUGGAGAGGUGAUAAGGCCUCUGGACCCCACCCCUCUCUCCUCCUCCCCUCUCCCUCCCCCUCUCAUCCCCCUGCCCAAGAGACGCAACUCAGGACUGCCUCCCCGCGGAGGAGGAGGAGGGGAGAGAGAGGCCCCCCCGCAGCCCCAGGACCUGGGCCUGGGCCUGGGCCCGGAGCUAGGCCAGCCUGAGGAGGCACUCGAGGCCUACAGGGAGAUGGGGAGUCCAGCAGGAGACCAGACAGAGCUGCUUAGUGACACGGAACAGGACUGGAGAGUCUCCUCCCCCAAGCCGCAUCGGGUCCGAACGGACCAAUCGCUGCAGUCCCAGGAGGAGUUUGAUUCGCUUUUUGACUCUGUACUGGAGGGGGAGGAAGUCCCGCCCCCAGAAGAAGUCCCCGCCUCCUCUGUCAGACAACGACCUCGCCAUAUUGACCCCUGCGCCAAAGAAGUCUUUAUUAUUUCCUGGUUCUUCUCUUUCUCCCAUCCAGAACAGACACGCUCGACCAACCGCAACUCAGAGCUGCUGUCGCUGCCGCUUGACCAAUCCUGAGGUCGGGGAGGCGGGAUAUUUGAGCCAGGCGGCCAAUGAGCUGACGGCAGCGAUGGAGAUGGAGAAGGAGGGGGAGUACAGCUCUGCCAUACUGAGAUACAGGAGCGCUGUGGACAUCCUGAUCACUGGAGCCCAGGGAGAGCCUGACCCUCAGCGCAGAGAGAGUGUGAAGAGGAGGACUGCUCAGUACCUUCAACAUGCUGAGACACUGCUCUCUCUGCACCCCCCCCCACACACACACAUAGUCAUCACACACACACACACACACACACACACACACACAGACCCUCACACAGACGUAGUCAUCACACACACACACACAGAGCCUCACACACACACACACACACAGAGCCUCACACACACACACACAGAGCCUCACACACACACAGAGCCUCACACAGACGUAGUCAUCACACACACACACACACACAGAGCCUCACACACACAUACACACACACACACACAGCCUCACACACACACACACACACCACACCACACACAGAGCCUCACACACACACACACACACACACAGAGCCUCACACAGACGUAGUCAUCACACACACACACACACACACAGGACAUGUCAACACACACAGUUAGACAGUUGAACAAUUCUCACCCAACAACACCAUACUAGCACAGAGUGAGAUAGGUGAAAACAGGUUUUCUAAAACUCUAAAGUCUUGGAAGUCUUAGAUUUGAAUGUGAAAAUCAACUGUUUGAAUCAUUUGAAUCUUUUUAAUUGGAUUCAGCCUUAAUGAACAAUUUACCUUUGGUACUGAAUGACUUAAGUGAUCUUU